CACGAGCGCAUGUGUGUCCAAUCAGGGGUCUGGUGCCUGGUGCUGGUUCGGGUGGUGGCUCACAUCUUUACAGAGGAAUACUGUGUUGGUACUCAAGAUGCAGUUCAUGCUUCUGUUCAGUCGACAAGGAAAGCUCAGGCUUCAGAAAUGGUACGUGCCUUUGUCUGAUAAGGAGAAGAAGAAGAUCACCAGAGAGUUGGUGCAGACGGUCCUGGCUCGAAAGCCCAAAAUGUGCAGCUUCCUAGAGUGGAGAGACCUGAAGAUUGUAUACAAGAGAUACGCCAGUUUGUACUUCUGCUGUGCCAUCGAGGACCAGGACAAUGAGCUCAUCACACUGGAGAUAAUUCACAGAUAUGUGGAGCUGCUGGAUAAAUACUUUGGCAGUGUUUGUGAGUUGGACAUCAUUUUCAACUUUGAGAAGGCCUACUUCAUUCUAGAUGAAUUCUUGUUGGGUGGGGAGGCUCAGGAGACGUCUAAGAAGAAUGUAUUAAAGGCCAUUGAGCAGGCUGACCUGCUGCAGGAGGAUGCCAAAGAAGCAGAGACCUCGCGCAGCGUGCUGGAGGAAAUCGGUCUGACAUAAACAUGGUGCUCAUCAACAUCCACUUGCUCCACACGCAUCCAUCUGCCAGCUGCUCUGCUGUAUGUAGCCAACACCAACUUCAAUUCACCUUUGAGCUCACACAACCUUAUACACACACACAUACACACGGUGGGCAUCGUUUUUCCUUUGCAUCUGUUUUCUUUGUUCUCUGAGACAAUGUUGCGUUAUCUCUCCAUGUCCUAUGAGUUCUUUAUUUGGUCAGUGCGAUGGCGUUAACUGUUGGCAAAGAAAAAAACAGCAUCAUUCAGCUUUUUGCUGCCUUUUAGUCUGGAACUGUACUGAGUGAACUGCUUCCUUUUAAUCCCAAAGCUGACGGAGAGAUUCCCGACUUCAUAACUUGUACUAAAAAAGAGACCGAGAUAAUAUUUUUUAAGGAAAGUCAAAAGUAUUGCGUCCACAAAACCAAAGAUUUACGUUUCAUCUCGCCUCACAAGGCAUUACGAUGAAACAGAAAAUGUUACAGUUACAGUUUACAAACCUUAAUGGAAGGAUCCCACUUACUAUUGAAUGCCUUGAUCUCUGAUGGAUGUCCAUUCAUUUCUAAUAAAAGAAUUUGUCCCAUGACUUCAUCUGCAUGUUAAUGCAAUGUAGCAGGUUCUGAGUUUCUUUCAUCAAUGUGUAAUGUGCAAAAACAAGAUUCACUGUUUUCUUUCUUUAUGUUUACAACUGUGUUUCUAUUUUUUUUAUAUAUAAAAACUAUAAGUGCAUUUCAUUGACUGAAAAUAUUUAUGUAUUGUAAAGGCUCUAUUCAUGGCACCAGAUUAUGUCUCUUGUGGCUGUAUUUGUCCAAAUGCUGGUAGAACUAAGAAAGAAGACAGUGAGACAGCAGUGAAAUAUAACGGCCUUUUAAAAUUGUUAAGCAGAUGUGGUACAACAUCAUCGUCCCAUCUAGAAAGCACCUCAGCUUGACAGGACACAGAACCCAACACACAAACAGUUUUUAAAUGUGUAAAAUGCAGGAACAUUUGUUUAUUUAGAGACAAUAAAUCAUAUUAUGCGUCACAUUUAGAGAUUUGUUGUGAAAGUAAUAUAUGAGUUGCUAAACAACUUGUGUAAAGAGUUGGACUGAUCAAAAUAAAGGUUCAUCUGUUCUGUCAGACAUGUAAGUCUGGGGACUGAAAAGUGCAGGGAAACACUUUCUGUCUAGACAUGAUGUGGCUUUCUUUAAAUGCUAGUCAAAUUGGCUGUUGGGUUAAAGCACAGUGGGUAGAGCUGACCUUGGAGUAAACAGAUGCCUGAUGCUGCUGGAAGUGAGGUGGAUGAGAAUGCUGAGACAUAAACAUAAAAUGCAUAAAUAUGUGGCUGAAUUACCAAAACAAAGAGCUAAAAUAGGCUAAAAGGCUUCACUAAGCUAGCUGUAGGAUCUCUGGGUGAUUUGAGCUUUCUUUAACCUUUGCUUCUCAUUGGCACAGUUUGGUGACCCCAUGUGAUUAUGUGCAAAGCUUCACCUUACAACAAGCACGUGUGGUGUGCAAGACCUUGGAAAAAUACUCCUCUUAGGCCGUUUCACUGUUUAGUCACUCAACCUGUUUGUGAUUUAACAUAAAAAUAAAGAAACGUUGGCCACUGAUAGCCACACGUGUUAUAUUGUACAGCAUGUAAAAAUACCUGUUUAGUACUGUGACUCUGAAGAGAAAAGAAAAAGUGCAAUCAUGCAUUAAAUAGCAAUAGUGUGAUAGACUGUAGCAGACUAUAUAGAUUUUUUAAAUGUAUGUAAAUAUUAGUUCCCAGUCACUUAGAUGAGAACUUGCACAAAUACAUAUAAGAUGCCUUG